AUGGAGUUCGUCUGGGAGAAGCACGUCACAUUUGUGCGGAAGCAGCAAGAGAAGUCGUCUGAAGACAUUGAAUCCAUCACCAUGUCUCAUUUGAAAGUGUGUGGGGUGUACUGGGGGUUGAUGGUGUUGCACAUGUUGAACAAAGUGACAGAAGAGGACAAAGACGUCUUGUCCAAAUUUGUGUUGGGGUGCUACGACGAGAAAACUGGCGGGUAUGGUGGUAAUAUUGGGUAUGAUGGACAUAUAUACAACACUCUAAGUGCUGUCCAAGUGUUGUGCAUAUUAGGGAAGCGUGAUUUGAUUCCGAUUGAUAAGGUAGCCAAUUUUGUUAAAGAACGACAACAAGAGGAUGGGAGUUUUGUGGCCGACAAAUGGGGAGAAGGCGAUAACAGGUUUACAUAUUGCGCAGUCUUCACGUUGAAACUGAUUGGGAAAUUGGAUGUGAUAAAUCAAGACAAAGCCGUAGAGUAUUUGGUGCGUUGUAUGAAUUUUGAUGGGGCCUUUGGAUGUGUUCCUGGUGCAGAGUCACACGCAGGCCAAACGUUCGCAUGUGUCGCAUGUCUUGCAUUGUUAAAUCGAUUCGAUGUAUUACAAAAAGAAAAAUUGAGUUGGUGGUUAGCAGAGAGACAGACGGAGACUGGUGGGUUGAAUGGAAGACCAGAAAAGUUACCGGAUGUGUGUUAUUCGUGGUGGGUAUUGUCAUCGAUGUGCAUAUUAGGGACUGUCGAUUGGAUUUCGAAAGACAAAUUGAUAUCGUUCAUAUUAAAAGCACAAGAUUUAGAGGAUGGAGGAAUUGCUGAUCGACCUGGUGAUUGUGCUGAUGUGUAUCAUACGUAUUUUGGUAUUGCUGGUUUAACUCUGUUAAAUGCUUACGAGGAUGUUGUUGGGAAAAUUGAUGCUCGAUAUGCCAUGCCAGUGGAUAUUCUUCAGAUGUAUGACCUUAUCUAA